AUGGCUUUAUCUACACUCAAUAUUCACCCAAGUACAACAGGUCUGACCAAAAGCACAACCUCGAUUGUGUCACCUGAGGAAACCAACUUUCUGCGAUUUGUUAACCUGGUCCUGAAGAGAGCACCAAAAGCUGUUAGGGUCUAUUUUGAUACAGUUCAUCCUCCAUGUAAUCUUGCUACUGAUCUAGCAUCAGAGAGGCCGACUCUGACUAACUUAAGGGCUAGAAAAAUCAUAAACCAGGUCCAGUGGAACACACUUUUCGGAGUUAACCAGCUUCUGUCAAUACAUUUUGAUGUUACGCUGUUAAUCUGCCUUUUACGAAACAUGAGUCCCUCUACACCAGCACCAGCAGGGGGAUUUGAUGUUCUACCUAAUUCAUCAGAUGUUAGCACAGGGGCUGACUUAGCACGAAUGAAGUAUUACAGAAACAAAGUGGCCCAUUCAGCAGACGCAAGGAUGGUUACAAAUGAAUUAAAUACUAGCUGGGCAGACAUUGAAGAAUAUUUACUUCGAAAUGGAGCAUCUGCAAACUACCAGAAUCACGAAGGCAUAUCAACUCUCCAUGAAGCCUGCCAAAGGAAUGAUCUAAAAUUAAUUCAAGUGUUACUUUCCUAUGGAGCUGAUGUUAACAAAAAAGAUAACGAAGUAAAAUAUCUUGUGGAAAAUGGAGGAAACAUUAAUGCUAUAGAUUUAAACGGUUCUACUCCUCUGCUUUUGGCUUGUUUAAUUGGGUAUAUAGAACUAGUUAAAAUACUCGUACAAAGUGGAGCAAAUGUUAAUAUUGCAGAUAACAAUGGUUCUACAUUACUACAUACUGCAUUAAAGCAAAGACAUCAAGACAUCAUAUCCCUCCUAAUAUUUUAUGGAUCAAACGUGAAUGCAAGAGAUAGUAAUCAUUUCACACCACUGAUAGUGUGUGCUUGGAAAAAUGAAAAAAAGUUUUUUGAUGAAUUGUUGAAAAUUGGAGCAGAUAUUCACGUAGAAUCAAAUGAAGGAUUAAGUGCUCUCACUAUGGCAAUUAAAAGUGGCCACUACGACAUAGCUGAUGACCUGCUAAAGAGAGAUGCUUAUUUACAUGAAAAUAAUUAUAGAAAUGGAGAGGGACAAACACUUCUACAUAUGGCAACGCUAGACAACAAAAAAGAAUGGGUUGACUGUCUACUUAAUCUGACGGAGUCUCUUGAAGUAUUGGACAGUAAAGGACACAGUGCUUAUCUUUAUGCGAUAAAAAAUGGGCUUGAUAGAAUUUGUGAAAUGUUUGAAAAAUAUGACAUGUCUGGUGCUGCUAGGAGUGCAGAGCUACAGAACGCAUGCUAA